UCCAAACCAGCAUCUUUCUUCCUUUUUCAACAUUCCUGUGUGCUAUAUCUCUUACAUUUCUUCUUCUCUCCUCUCACAAACCACAUUAAUACCCUCAAGUUUCAGGGAUAGGAUUCAGUAACUUUACUGUGUAUGUAACUUUGUGACUUUAGGCAAAAUUGAAGAGAAAUGAAGGAUUAAAAUAAAUUAUAUCUUGAGAGAGAAAAAUUAGUUUAGAGAGAGAUAGAGGGAAAGUCACAAAGUCACCACAUCACCAAAGUCACCCAAACCCUCUCCCAAGUUUCAACUCAAGUUCUCAACGUCAUUCUACACUUAUUUCUUUAACCAUACUCUCUCUCACACACACUUCAUCAUGCACAAAAGCAGUUCUGGUUCAUUAGGCCCAGACGGCCUCGACCUAACCCAAUCCUUCUUCAAACCCAUCUCCAACGCAUCCCCUCCCUCUCUCACCAAACGCCACACCAAAAUCUCCGUCAUCGGCGCCGGAAAUGUCGGAAUGGCCAUCGCUCAGACCAUCCUCACUCAAGACCUCACCGACGAGCUCGUCAUCGUCGACAACAAACCCGACAAGCUCCGCGGCGAGAUGCUCGACCUUCAGCACGCCGCUGCUUUCCUCCCCCGCGUCAAGAUCAACUCCUCCGUUGAAUACUCCGUCACCGCCGGCUCUGAUCUGUGCAUCGUUACCGCUGGUGCACGACAGAUCGCCGGUGAGUCGAGACUUAACCUUCUCCAGAGAAACCUCGCUCUCUUCAAAGGAAUCAUACCCGUUCUGGCACGUUACUCGCCGGAAACGGUUCUUAUAAUCGUGUCUAACCCCGUUGAUGUUCUCACCUACAUCGCGUGGAAGCUAUCCGGGUUUCCAUCGAACCGGAUCAUCGGGUCGGGUACUAAUCUAGAUUCUUCUCGCUUUCGUUUCCUCAUUGCUGAUCACCUCCAGGUCAACGCUCAGGAUGUUCAGGCAAGCAUAGUAGGGGAGCAUGGGGAUAGUUCAGUGGCAUUAUGGUCAAGUAUCAGCGUUGGGGGAGUUCCUGUGCUGAGUUUUUUGGAGAAACAACAAAUUGCUUAUGAGAAAGAAACGUUGGAGAAUAUACACAAGCAAGUGAUUGACAGUGCUUAUGAGGUGAUUAGUCUAAAAGGCUACACUUCAUGGGCUAUUGGGUACUCUGUGGCUAGUUUGGCUCGGUCGAUAAUUAGGGAUCAAAGGAAGAUUCACCCUGUGUCUGUUUUGGCUAAGGGGUUUUAUGGCAUUGGUGAUGUUGAAGUGUUUUUGAGCUUGCCUGCACAGCUUGGGAGAGGUGGGGUACUUGGUGUGACUAAUGUGCACAUGAAUCAAGAGGAGGAGCAAAGGCUUAGGGACUCUGCUAAAACCAUCUUAGAGGUUCAGACUCAAUUGGGUAUUUGAAUGGUGAUUUAUUUACAUUUUCCAUGGUUUUCUUCCACUGCAAGUGUUUUUUGUUUACUACUUGCUUGUAUCCAAAAUGUUGGCCAGACUCAGAUCUUGUGAUAGGUUGUGUAAUAGUAAUAGGUGUACUAUGUAAUAUUUACAUCAACCACUCAAAUUAUCAACUUUUCUAUAUGAUUCUAGUCUUUGUGCCUCUUCUUUGUUCACCACAUUGGGUAGUUUUCUUAGUUUUAUUUUAGUAUAACAAGUGUCCACAAUAACCACAUAUUCA